GCCGUCGUCGGCGCCCGGAGAUCCGCCAGCACCCGCUGGCCCGCCCGACGUCGUGCCAGCCAAACAUUCCAUUUGCCUGUUAUGCAUCCGAAGCCCUUCAAGCCCAAGGCGCCUACACGUUGCUCGUCAAAAUUAGGCCGCUGCUGCUCUUAGAGUGUCCACCCUGCAAGCAGAAGUGCGAGCUGGGUGCGUCUCUGGGAAUCGAUGACGCGACCGGACGCUGGACGAUUGACUGCGAUCCGAGAGAGCUGUUCUGCCAGGAAGGAGAUUCUACGGAUCCGAAGUGCAUCAGGAUCGCCACUUUCGCCGCGCCGGGCACAAAACACGAGAACGAGAUGUUCUUCCCGCACAAUGUCUGCACCCGACAGAUGAUCCGCGAAAAGAAAUGCCCCAAAACUUUAACGGCCCAGAUCGAGUACAAGCCGCCGAAGUUAGGGUUGGAAUAUGUAGUGCAAUGCGACGCUGGCUUCACCGUCCCUGGUAUCCUGAACGGGUAUCCGCGCAGCCCAAAUACCAUCCCAUGCAUCCCGAGUCUCCAUCAGUACGCUGGCCUAGGCAAAGCCGAUUUGAUUGACGGACGUUCGAUGUUCGAAGCGGAGGACAUUCGCCCAUCGAAUCCGACCGCCGCGGAACAAUGGAAGAGCUACAAGUGGUGCACGCCGCAACAGCUCGGAAAAGAAGACUGUCUUCCACCACCGCUUAAAGACCAUGAGUACUUCAUCGCGGACGACUUUGUGGACAAGGACAUAUUCCUGCCGGCCCCAGACCCGUCGAAGGACGCCGCCGCUAGCGACAAGCCCAAGUAUCAAAUCGUGCCCACCGACUGUGCCAAAGCCGAGGAUGCCGACCGGAUGUUCUGCGUCGAGCGCGACAUCUCAAAAGUCCCGGUGCACGCCCGGCGUCCCGAAACAUUACAAUACGCCAAUGACGAUCUGCAGCUGCUGCAUUACGGAGCCAUAUCGGCAAUCGGCGUCUUCCUCGCACUGCUGAUCGUGACCGUGGCCUUGUGGCUGAAUUAUUCCCGCUUCAAGAUGGCACGGGAAGAGGAGGCCGGUGACCGGAUGGAAUUUGGGACGUUCAAGGUGGAUAGCAAGUUUCGGUCAAUUGCAGAAGGGUGGAAGGACGGUUGGAUGGAUCCAUUCUCGACAUCGCACGAUCGGGUGAUGAGGAAUUACAAUCGAUUCAUCCGCCGCUUCGAUCGCUUCCUGAUCCGCUGCUCGUACAGGAAGAAGAUCAGCGCACUGGAUCUGCAGGCGGCAGAUUUCGGGAAAGCCGAAGCGCCCGACAUCGAAAAACUCGAUCUCGGCCUCCCCGUGACGAACUCCGCUCCCGCCGCUGAAAGCCCGGGGUCCACUCCUGUCGAAGCGAGCCCAACCUCCGCUACUAGCAAUACCUCAAAGCCUGAUAAGAAA